AGUAUUUUAUAGUAGUACAUAGGUAAUUAGGUAUUGCCGUAUAGUUAAACAACAUAUCACCCUAACGGUGCCCAACCUACAGCUUUUGAACCUCUGAGGCAGUGAGCUUCCGUCACUCAUACGCUAAGAGGCUCGAAUUGCAGAAGCUUUUUCCAGCAUGGAUUCUUCCUUAGGUGAUAGCAAUGCACUUAUAUUGCCACCUAAAACAAAGACUCGUAAAGAGAAAUUCAAUUCUAAGCUAAGCUGUCAGACUAUAAAGUUGAGCAACUCCCAGAAAAGGAAGUUAAAGAAAUUGGAGGAAGAGAAGAAAAAUCAACUAAUGUUGUCGAAAAGCUUGGAAACUUUAGAGAAGUAUAAGAUAAGUGAUGAUGCACAUUCGCUUCUAUGGUCCUCUGAGAACAUUGGCCAGGCAGAGACUAUGCAGCAAAAGCGAAGGAGGGUUAUGCAAUUUUCUAAGGCUGGUUUAGAUGUACCAGUGAGUGAUAUGGGUACCAAGAGAAUGGAAGUUCGUUCAUGUGAAGGUGAAGUUGGUGCUUCUGAAAGCUCUCCACUGGAGAUUGCUGAUGAGAAGGUUUGCUUCGAACCAGUGCUUAUGAAAAGAGUAAGCAGAAGUAGUUCGACUUACUUAGUGCCUCAUGAGGGAACCGAGCCUAAUGGACUGAUUGAGGAAGUAGCAAGUGAAGAUAGCUGCAAAGUCAUUAAUCUGGACGCUGGAAAUUUUUCAGCCUCUCUGCCUCCUGAUGGUGACAAGAAAACUGUAGCUGCAGUGGGUGAACUCAAUGGUGAGUCUAGAGCUGAUUCUUGUGCAACAAGAUAUGUAGGAGCGGAUCCCAUCAUAGGACCUAAAAUCACCCCUACUGUGGUACAUGUGUCACGACCAAAGGAUGUGGAAAAUGGUAGAAGGGACCUCCCGAUUAUUAUGAUGGAGCAGGAGAUAAUGGAAACUAUAAACAGUCAUAUUAGUGUGAUUAUUUGUGGAGAGACUGGUUGUGGAAAGACAACACAAAUUCCCCAGUUUCUUUACGAAGCUGGCUAUGGUUCAGCAAAAUGUCCUACGAAAAGGGGUAUUAUCGGUGUAACUCAGCCUCGUCGUGUGGCUGUGCUUUCUACAGCAAAACGAGUAGCAUAUGAGCUUGGAUUUCAUCUUGGUAAGGAGGUCGGUUUUCAAGUCAGGCACGACAGAAAGAUUGGAGAAAACUGCUCCAUCAAAUUUAUGACUGAUGGAAUUUUGCUUCGAGAACUGCAGAGUGAUUUCUUGUUGAAGCGUUACUCUGUCAUAAUAUUGGAUGAGGCUCAUGAAAGGAGUCUGAACACAGACAUCCUCAUUGGGAUGCUUUCUCGUGUUAUUAUCCAACGCCAGGCAAUAUAUGAGGAUCAGCAGAAGGUACUCGUUCGAGAAAAAAUUAAACCAGAAGACAUAUUAUUCCCUCUAAAACUCAUUUUGAUGAGUGCUACCUUGCGUGUUGAGGAUUUCACUUCAGGAAGAUUAAUAUUCCAUGAACCUCCACCUGUUAUCAAAAUUCCAACAAGACAAUUUCCUGUAACAACACACUUCUCAAAGAAAACAGUGCUUACUGACUAUAUUGGUGAAUCCUAUAAGAAGGUCUUAAAAAUUCACAAGAAGCUGCCUUCUGGUGGCAUACUGGUGUUUCUUACUGGCCAAAGGGAAGUAGAGGAUUUGUGCCGUAUGCUUCGUCAAGCUUCGAAGCAAUUUGGAACUGGAAGCUGUGAAGUUAAUUCAGAGAUUGAGACAACGACAAUGACUGGCACUGCCCAAAUUGAUGGGUAUGAUAUGAAACAGAUUGAUGAAGCCCUUGAUACUCGUGCAAGCUCAACUGAACAACAACAAAUGGACAGGUUCAGUUCAUACGACGAGUGUCAUGAUGAAUCAGACAACAAUGACGCAUAUUCUAGUGUGAGUUCAGGGUCAGAUAGUGAGUCUGGUUUUGGAAGUGAUUUUGAAGAUCUGAAGACUUCUGAAGUGGAUGAUUGCAUUGGGGAUGUCACAGAAGAUGUGAACUAUGAUUCUUUGAAGGCUGCCUUUGAAGCUUUGACAGAAAAGACAAUGCCAACACCAGAACACAACAGGCAAGAAAUAAAUUCUGCAACCCAAGGUGUUUGCUCAAUUUGGCCUUCCAGCUUGACUAAGAAAAAAGGAGAGAAAAAGGGUUCUGUUGUUGGUCCAUUACAUGUUUUGCCUCUUUAUGCUAUGCUUCCAGCUUCUGCUCAGCUUCGUGUUUUUGAAAAAAUCAAGGAAGGGGAGCGGCUAGUUGUUGUUGCUACCAAUGUCGCUGAGACCUCUUUGACUAUUCCUGGGAUAAGGUAUGUGGUCGACGCUGGAAAGGAAAAGGUGAAGCAUUACAAUCCCUCUAAUGGUAUGGAAUCAUAUGAAAUACAGUGGAUAAGUAAGGCAUCUGCUGCUCAACGUGCUGGAAGAGCUGGAAGAACAGGACCUGGUCAUUGUUAUUGCCUCUAUUCUUCUGCAGCCUUAUCUAAUCAAUUUUCAGAAUUCUCCUGUCCUGAAAUUUUGAAAACUCCUGUUGAUGGUGUUAUCCUCCUCAUGAAAUCCAUGGGAAUCAGUAAGGUUGCAAAUUUCCCGUUCCCAACCCCUCCAGAUGCCACCUCAUUAGGGAAAGCUGAGAACUGCUUAAUGGCUCUUGAAGCACUUGAUGGUGAGGGUAGACUUACACCUUUGGGCAAGACAAUGGCUCAAUAUCCCUUGAGCCCACGGCAUUCCAGGCUGCUGCUCCUUGCUAUACAGAUCACAAAAAAGGAGAUUAGUGACGUACGACCAAAUUUGGUUCUAGGUUAUGCAGUGGCAGUAGCUGCUGCCUUGAGCUCGUCAAAUCCUUUUUCUUUUCAGUUUGAUGGCAGUCGGUCCAAUUCUGAGGGCAUUGAGCAGGAAGAUGAUUAUUGUACUCUCAGCCAGAAAAACGGAGACCAGCAAACCAAGUUAACAAGGAAACAAAUGAAAAGAUCCGCUGGCCUUUCUCGUGCAAAAUUCUACAACCUAAAGAGUGAUGCUUUAACUGUAGCUUACACCUUACAGUGUUUUGAGCAAUCUAAGAACCCAUCUCAAUUUUGUGAGGAGAACACACUACACCUUAAAAUUAUGGUAGAAAUGUCCCAAUUGAGAAAGCAACUACUGCAAUUAAUCUUCAAUCAGAGAUAUUGCGGGUUGCAGCAAGAGUUUUCGUGGACUUAUGGAACCAUAAAAGAUGUGGAAGAUGAUUGGAGACUCUCUUGUGAUAAGAAUCCUCUCUUGGAAAAUGAGGAAGACAUCCUAUGCCAAGCUAUAUGUGCUGGAUGGGCUGACAAGGCUGCUAAGCGUAUUAGAGGAGCAAGUGUGUUAUCAGAGGGAGAUAGAAAAGUCAAUGCUAUGCGCUACCAGGCAUCCUUGGUUGAAGAAACAGUAUUCCUUCGCCGCUCGUCAUCUGUCUCCAGAGCAGCUCCUGAAUUUUUGGUGUACAAUGAGAUGCUCUGUACGAAAAGGCCAUACAUACAUGGAGCAACGAGUGUAAAGUCAGAGUGGCUGGUGAAACAUGCUGGAUCUUUGUGUACCUAUUCAGGGUCUUUGACAGAUCCAAAACCUUUUUACGAUCCUCUCUGUGAUCAGGUAUUAUGUUACGUUAUUCCAUAUUUUGGCCCUCACCUGUGGGAACUCCCCCUAAGCAAAGUGCCAAUCAAAGAUGUUCAACAGCGUGUUACUGUCUUUGCUUAUGCUUUGCUUGAUGGUCAAGUCCUACCAUGCUUAAAAUCUGUCAAGAAGUUCAUGGCAAGCCCACCUAGCAGCAUCUUGAAGCCGGAAGCAUUGGGCCAAAAACGUGUGGGCAAUCUUAUAAGCAAGUUGAGGACUAAUUCAAGAACUAUUGACAGCAGUGCCAUGCUGAAAGAAGCAUGGAAAGAAGAUCCACAGCUGUUGCAUUCAGAAAUACUGAACUGGUUUCAGGAUGGGUUUCAUCGUGUAUUUGAAGAAUUGUGGGAAAAAAUGCACCAAGAAGCCCUUUCAGUACCUCGAUCUCGCUUUCCUGACAGAACUAGGAAAAACAAACGCAAUGUGAAAGACUGAUUUUCAGCUUUAUGGAUAAGGCUUCUGAUAUAUUAUUUCACAUGGAAACUCUAUUUGUGUAUAAACACACUGGAUUACUUGAAAUAUUUUACUGAUCUGGAGGUAAGUAAACGUAAUUUACCAGGGUAAUUUUUGAAAACUUAUUCUCCACUUCUGAGUUCUGGAUACUUUGUUGAUCUCACUUUUAUGUUCGACUGACAUGAAAUUAUAAUAUUUUGGCUCUCCCUACCAACUUCACUAUCACAGGUAUUAUGAUUUUGGGUAUUGUUAAGAACUGCUUUUAGUCAGAUUAUAUUUUGCUAGCUACUUCAAAUAAUGAGAUUUGAACUGUAAUCAGCUACUUGUGAAGCUGCUGAGGAGAAAUUUUGCUGGCAUUUAUAUUGAACUGUGAGUUUGCAACUCAAUUUACUGGAGUCAGGAGCUCAUCUUCCAUUGCUAGUUACUGUAAGAUGCCAAUCUUCACUGAUAAAGCUCGAGCUCAUCAUGGUGCCUCAACUCGGAAGUCCAUUAAGCAAAGAUAUUGAAAAGGUGUUGUGUUAUACCCUACAGGAGCUCGUUUUUUUUUUUAUCUCGAGCUUUGCAAGAUCUGUGUACGAAGUGUGGUUAUCAUUUGGGAAUGAUAUCAGAUGCAUCCUUGGUUAUCUACUUAUCUUCAUGAACCCUAAUUGUUAUUUAUUGAGCACUUCUUUAGGUUAAUAAACUCAAUAUAUGCAACGAGUUUGAUAAACGUACUAUAUAGGUGAAUGGUAGUCAUGGACAUGGUAUAUUUAUUGUAAAACUUGAGUUUGAUAAACAUUUCUUUUAGCUUAAUUGUUAAUCCAUUUAGUAACA